GGUCAAGCUGAAGAUGUUUUAACUAAACGAAGAAGCAGUAGACUUCCUGGUCGGAGAAGACAUUUUUGGGAACAGGCAUUUAAAAAAUACCUGGGAACCAGACAAGAAAAUCAUGGAUGAGGCAAUGUCUCUGGACUCUUCCCUUGGUGAGGCAGUGUCAGGCCGAGGACACCCCGAGCUAAAUGAGGAGGAGGAAGAGGAGGAGGAGGAUGGCCUUUACUACAUCCCUGAGAGAAGGCCAUCCCUCGACCUUGGACCCGCUCCAAUGGAUAUCGAUGGCCGGUAUUUUAUGGAGCAGGCUUUGUCUCCGUCUCAGAGCUAUGGCUCGAUGACCAGUGAAGGAGGCUCCACCUUACCCGAGGAUAAUGAUGGAUUCUCCACAAGUCUCAAAUUGGAAAGAGCCGACUCAUUCUCCAGCUGCUACUCCAUUGACAGUGACGAUUGUGAGAAGAAAACCCCCAAGAUCAGGAGUGAAGAUGACGUCAAAGAUAAAACUGACCAUUUUCAGCCAAUCAUCAAACCAAAUGCAAACAGGCAUCCAUCUAUGACACUAGCAUUCACUUUUAAGAUCAUAUGUGACACACUACGGAAGCUGUCGGAGGGGGAGCUUAGGAGGUUCAAAUGGGUACUCUGGAGUCAGUACCCACAGUCAUUCAGCACUUCUCCCCAAAGCAUGGACACGUUGGACGUUGUGGAUCGGCUGCUUGACUGCUACGGGCUCGAAGGAGCUUUGGACAUCACCAAAAACGUUCUUACUUAUAUGGAGACAAGAAUGGUGCUUAAUUAUCUGGAGCUGAGUUGUAAGAGAUAUGAGGUACAAUAUGAUCUACGUGAGCAUCUGAGGGAGAAGUUCUGUCAGGAUAUUUCCAUAGGUGGAGAGAAAAUGCCUUUUAGUGAUGCUUACAUUGAGGUCCCCAUUUCCUCAAAAGCUAAUAACGGCCCGAACAAUGAACACGAGGUGUUGACGAUAAAAAAGCUAAACUCUCACCGGAACCCUCACACGAAGCUUUUUACUAAAGACAUUCUGGGUCAUGAAGAUUCUGAUAGUCGAUCCCACAGUUUGGUGCUUCUCUACGGGGUGGCUGGCUCGGGGAAGUCGAUGCUCUUCAAGAAGUUUGUGAUCGAUUGGAUUGAGGAGCGAUCACACAAAAAUGCCUUCUUCUUGUUUCCCAUAAAAUGCAGAGAGCUAAAGAAGCUCCGGGGCUCCGAAUUCUCCCUGAUCACCCUAAUAAAAACACUCUUCCCACCAAUGGCUAAACUAGAGGAUGGGGAUUUGAAGUUUGACCGGGAAGUCACAUCAUUGUUCAUCUUGGAUGGUUUAGACGAGUACAAGGCAAAUCUCGACUUUGUCAACAUUACGCUCGUCACUGACCCAAAAGAUAAACAGCCCCUGGACAUCCUUUUGGUCAACCUCCUAAGAGGCCGGGUCCACUUCAAAUCUGACGCUGUCGUCCUCUCUCGACCGGCGGUGUCGUUCUGCAACCCUUUGGACGUGAACUUCCAGGUCAAGGAAUUGUGCCGUUUCGGGGACCCCGACAAGGACGAGUACUUCCGGAGGAGGUUCAGAGACCCGGACCAGGCGGCCCGAGUCAUCGAGUACGUCCAGUCCCAGAAGACCGUCCACAUCAUGUGCCACCUGCCCCUGUUCUGCCGCGUGGUGGCUGACGAGUGGCAGCGGGCCUUCAGGGAGCAGGGCGCGGCGGCGGCGGGGGGGGCACUGCCCGGGGGCAUCACCCGCCUGUACACGCAGCUGCUGCUGGUCCUCCUCCAGCAGCGCUGGCUCACACGCGCCCCCGAGCGCAGCCCCGACCAGCACGCCCCCUUCCUCAUGCACCUGGGCCAGAUGGCGCUGGAAAUGCAGGAGAGAUGCGGUUUCAAGAUCCACCAGGUCGACAGAGACGACAAAGAAUGGAACCAGGAGGCGGUGGUCAACAGCGGCCUGUGCAACAAGUACGGGCUGUCGCAGGCCGGCCUGUACAUGCUGGACGUGCUGACCUUCCUCCACCCCACCAUCCAGGAGUACGCCGCCGCCCUCUACGUCUACAUCUCCUUCAGACGGGACGGGAAGAACGUUUUCGAGAAGAACUUCAAAGACAUGGUCCUGAGUAAGCUCAAGGGGCCCAAAGCGGCGGAUCUGUACAAGAGCGCCGUGGAGAAGAGCCUGCAGCACGAAGACGGCAGACUGGACAUCUUCCUCCGCUUCCUGUUCGGAAUGGCAAACGCCACCAACCAGCAGCUUCUCCAGCCCUUCUGCGGCUCCUCGGCUCCCAUCGCAAACUUCGCCAAGGACGCAACCAGCCUCAUCAGCAAGAAGAGCCGUGACUGCCAGCAUCCUAAGAGGAGAGACAACCUGCAGCGCUGCCUGGAGGAGCUGGGAGCCUGAUCUCAGAGUUCACCCUUUGUUUUUAGCACUCAACGCCAUCUGAUGUCUUCCUCAUUGAGCUAAACCUUUGUUCAGGAAGACUGAGCCCUGGUCGCCCCCCGCACCGCCACGCAUACACACAAGAUGUAAAGUCAGCAAAGCAACGUCAGUCCUUUUCAAACAGCGUGUCUUCAGCUGCUUUUUAAGACGCCAUGAAGUCAUUUCAGCAGCAGAGAGUUCCACAGCCACAUAGCACCCUAAGAGUCCAGGCCUACAUCUCAAAAUGAAUGCCAACGUUUUCUGGCUACCAAUUAAGAGAAGCCGAGUCUUUCGUUUUGAUGUGGCAUUGAUUCCCUCAGACGGAGCCUGUGAGCUACUAUUUUGUUCUGACAACUUCUGACAAUACCUCCCAAAGCGAGAGACACUCAUUUAUGCAGGGACAGUAAGAUGAGGCGGACAAUGUUUUGUUUGGAUUCCCCCACAUGGUCUUAAGGGAUUUAAAAGUUUCUUUGUUUUAAUUGAUUUUAAAAGUUUUGAGGAUACAUUUGUGCCUUGGAUUUAGCGUUUUUAUCUUUAUAUCGUCGUAUCAUGUCUCUUUUAUUUGUUUGCCAGCAAAAAUUGGAGUUGAAAUGACUUGGCCUUAAAAUGAAUUUAGCAGCAUUUUGAUAACUGUUAAAGCUGGAGUGAUAUUUGAUAUUUUCAGAACAGAAAGUCAAAUGACCAUCACCUUUUUCUAGAUUAAUGUUUUGCUCCAAGAUUUGCUUGUUAAAUCUUUCCUCUUGAAUUAUAUUGAUGAGUAAAUGGGAAGAAAUUGCUAUUUGAUAGCCUCCUGUAUUUAAUGAAAAAAAACUUUUUAAAACCAGCAAAAGAAAUCUGGAAAUGGAAAUGGAAAACAGUUGAGAAAUGGGAAAAAUCCAUCCUUCAAAAAGACAUCUGAAUCUAACAAAAAAAACAUUUGCUACUAGAUACAAAUCUGUAGCUGAAAACUCAGAAAUUGAGAAUUUUGUUAUUUUCUUUACAGUUUUGGAUUUGUUUCCCUGCGUUUUAAAAAUGUAUUUUAUUUUUUAUUGUUUUUAAAAUUCCAUUAAAACAUCUGACCCUCUCUUUCAAUACCAAUGAAAGUGACAAGUCAUGAGCAUAUCAGUGGUGUCUUUUUAAGGUUAAGGUUGUGUGUGUGGUUUUACUUAAUGUACAAGUGUAUCUCAUGUCUGGUUCUCAAAAUUUGGAUAAAAAGCCUUUAA